AUGUGGAGGUGGAACCAGACCUCUCUGGAAGACUUCAUCCUUCAAGGGCUGUUUGAUGACUCCUUCAACCACCGCUGCCUUUUCCUCUUGAUCAUGCUGGUCUUCCUUACCGCAGUGAGUGGCAACAGCCUCACCAUCCUCCUCAUCUGCUCUGACCCCCGUCUUCACACACCAAUGUACUUCCUGCUCAGCCAGCUGUCCCUCAUGGAUCUGAUGCAUGUCUCCACAACCAUCCCCAAGAUGGCCAGCAACUACCUGUCUGGCAAGAAGUCCAUCUCAUUUGUGGGCUGUGCCACCCAGCACUUCCUGUAUCUGUCUCUGGGUGGUGCAGAGUGUCUCCUCCUGGCCCUCAUGUCCUAUGACCGCUAUGUGGCCAUCUGCCACCCCUUACGCUACACUGUGCUCAUGAGCAGAAGGGUGGGAGUGAUGAUGGCCGUCAUGUCAUGGUUGAGUGCAUCUGUGAACUCCCUAAUCCACACAGCCAUCUUGAUGAGCUUCCCUUUCUGUGGGUCGAGAAUCAUCCACCACUUCUACUGUGAGUACCCUGCUGUUGUGAAGCUGGUGUGUGGUGAUGUCACUCUUUAUGAGACCACAGUCUACAUCUGCAGCGUUGUGCUUCUCCUCCUCCCCAUCCUUCUUGUCUCUACAUCCUAUGGAUUCAUUCUCCACAGUGUCAUUCAGAUGCGCUCAGCAGGGAGUAAGAGAAACGCCUUUGCCACAUGCAGCUCUCACCUCAUUGUGGUUUCUCUCUGGUAUGGUGCCUGCAUGUUCUCCUACAUGAGACCAAGAUCUCAGCGUACCCCAUUGCAAGACAAAGUGGGCUCUGUUUUCUAUAGCAUCAUCACUCCCACUCUGAAUCCCUUGAUUUAUACUCUCCGGAAUAAGGAUGUUGCUAAGGCUCUUAAGAGAGUGUUGAGGAGGGAUGUUGUUAUCUAGUGACUUCAGUUGUGGUUGUCCUGGAUACAGUGCUGGUAGAAUAUCCUCCUUAUGUCGGUCAAUCAGAGAAAAACACCAAUAUAGUUAUGAUAUAUAUGUUUACACACAUACACACAGGGUUUCUUUGUGUAGAGUUGCCUCUGUAGACCAGGCUGACCUUGAACUUACAGAGUUCCUGCCUCUGACUCUUGAGUUCUGGGAUUAAAGGCAUGUGCUGCCAUCACCCAACCAACUAAUAUUUUUAGGAUCCAGAGUCCUGGUCCUCUUUGAAGAGAACAUGAGUGGAGUUUUAACCUCUAGGUUUACUAUGUAUGGUGCCCAAGGCUACCGACAGAUUCGAACAGUCCUUGAGUGGGGAGUAAGGAUUGAAAGAAAAUAAUAAAAAUAAAAAUAAAAUAAAAACCAAGACACUAUACUUGAUAUCCUUUUGAGCGGGCUUCUAGUAGACUAGGCUCUCUGUUCAUGCCACAGUCCCUUUUUAUAGUCAGAGCAAAGCACUUUGAUACAAUGAAGUUCACUAAAAAGUCAAACUUGUUCACCUCCACCACCUGUCUGAGUGAUCCUCAUACAAACAAAAGGAAGUGAACUUGGCAAAUACAUCCUGCCUACCAUCACAAACAAAAGGAGUGAACUUGGCAACACAUCUUGUCCCCAGGUGAAAGCCAGGGUGAAAACAUGUUUUCACUAAAGCAUCCUGACAAACAAGCGGCUCUCCUCAGUAUGGGAAGCCACACCAGACAUUAUAUUUCAGUUUGUUGUUUGAGAAGUGAGGAUCAAUAUGAAAACAUCUCUCUAGAGGAAUUCAUACGGGGAUGUAGUUCGGUUGGCAAAAUGCCUGUCCUGUAGGCAUGAACUGAAUUCUAUCCCCAGAAUUCAUGUAAAAAGCCCAACAUGAUGGUGUAAGCUUGUAACCCCAAUGUUGCACAGGUGUAGGCAAGGUGAUUCUUGCCACACACACUCACACACACACACACACAUGGGGGGUUGGGGGGAUAGGAUAGAUGUUGUCUACCAAUAGAGACUGAGAGAGAGACAGAGAGACAGCCAGACAGACAGAUGCAGAAUAUAAAAGGUGAAGAAGACAUAUAAAGAUAUGUGAAACUGAAAAAAAAUAGUAUGGUAGUGAAAUAAGGGUUUUUAAAAAAUAAUUAUUGUUUUUAUUAGUUUAAACAUAGGUAAAACACUCCAAAGGAGAGUGUAACACUGGGACACAUUGGUUAUUAACCAGAGUGUGUAGAUUAAAGAAAGUUUUGUAAGAAAGGGUGGAUGUGGGCCAGCAAGAUGGCUCAGAAUGAAAAGAUAUUUGCCUUAAAGACGUUGACAUUCCAUCUUUGAUCUCCAUAACCAUGAUGGCAGAGGGAGAGAACUGACUCCUGGAGGUUUUCCUCUGAGUUCCUCAUGCAUAGUAUUUUCUUGCACAGACACACAUGCACCCAAGAAUGAAUGAAUGAAUAAAUAAUAAAUAAAUAAAUGUAAAAGAAAACAAAGAAAAAAGACAGAUGAUAUGAAAGCUGCAUUCAUAAAGCUUUUAAAGUUUGUUUUACUCAGUGACAGGAAUUCAGAAGGGGCUGAGCAGAAGGCUCAGUGGACAAAAGUAGGUUGCUACCAAGCCUGAUGAUACAAGUUCAAUCCCAGGACCCACAUGGUAGAAGGUUGUUCUUUGACUCCUAAAUCUACACAUACAAAUAAAAUUAAUAAAAGCACAUUCUCAUAAAAAACAAUUUAGAGGAAAUGAAUAAAGUAUUUUGUGUAUUUUAAAAUACUUUUUAAUUUACUCACUUUAUAGCUUGAUCCCAGGCCCUCCCUUUUCUACUCCCAGUUUUACCCUUACACACCCCUCCUCCCACCUUUUCCUUCUUAGAGAGGGGAGGACCCCAAGCAGAACCAACUCCCACCCCAGCACCCUAGUUGCAGCAGGGCUAAGUGCAUCCUCUCCCACUGAGGUCUGACAAGGCAGCCCAGCUAGGGGAAAGGGAUCCAGAAGCAGGCAACACAGUCAGAGGAAGCCCAUACUACCACUACUAGGGAACCCAUAUGUUGACCAAGCCACACAUCUGCUGCAUAUGUGUAGGGGUCUAGGUCCAGCCCAUGCAGCUCUUUGGUUGGUGGUUCAGUCUCUGUGUGACCCCAUAGGACCAUAGUUUACUCUGUAGGUCUUAUUGUGGUGCCCUUGAUGCCUCUGGUUUCCUCUAUCCUCCUCCCAUUCUUCCACAACCCCCAAAUUAGAAAGGAUGAAAUCAAAGUAUUGCUAUUCACAGAUGAUAUGAUAGUAUACAGAAGUGACCCCCAAAAUUCUACCAGAGAACUCCUGUAGCUGAUAAACACCUUCAGCAUAUUGGCUGAAUACAAAAUGAACUUAAAAAAAGUCAGUAUACAAGAGAUAAAUGGGUUGAGAAAGAAAUUAGGGAAAGAAUACCCUUCCCAAUAGCCACAAAUGACAUAAAAUAUCUUGGUGUAACUCUAACCAAGCAAACGUAAGACCUGUAUGACAAGUAUUUCCAGUCUUUGAAGAUAGAAAUUGAGGAAGAUAUCAAAAGAUGGGAAGAUCACCUAUGCUCAUGGAUUGGUAGAAUUAACAUGAUAAAGAUGGGCAUCCUACCAAAAGCAAGCUACAGAUGCAGUACAAUUCCCUUCAAAACUACAACAUAGUUCUUUACAGACCUGGAAACAGCAAUCUCCAACCUGUACAACAGAAGAACUUCUGGAGGCUCUCCAUCCCUGAUUUCAAGCUGUGCUUGAAAUAAUAAAAACCAUAUGGUAUUGGCCUAAAAACAGGCAGGUUGAUCAAUGAAAUCAAACCCAAAUGCCAGAAAUGUACUCACACACCUACGGACACCUGAUUUUUGACAAAGAAUCCAAAACUAUACCAUUAUUUUGAGGCAAGGGCUCACCAUGCAGCUCUGCCUGGUCUGGAGCACACUGUGUAGACCAGGCUGUCUUGGACUCAGAGCUCCACCUCCCCAGUGCUGAGAUUAAAAGUAUGCACCACUCUGCCUGCUCAUAAUUCAUGUUUUCUUAGUGAGAAUAUUUUUACAGUUUUUUUUAAUAAUGUGUGUUAAAACACACAAAUAUUUACUGUUAGCAGCGAAGCGCUUGGGUAGGUUUUUGGGAUUUCUCUUUAUGAAAUCUCACAUGCUUUUUGGGAUGUUUGUGAAUUCUUUGUUCUGCAGUUGUCUUGCCACAUGAUGUAGGGAUAUGAGGUUCAUUAUUUCCAAGCAUGGAAAAGGAAACCCUUUGUGUUUUCUGAGGAUUUGGUGUUGCCUUUUGAUUAGUACUCAGGCAUAUUUGGUUUAGAAUCUGUCACUCAUAACCACCACAGCAGAUGAUAAAUGAACCUUCCUGUGCCUCAGCAAUUUAUGACAAC